AUGAGACAGAGGAUGAGUUCAGAUGUUAGUAGGACGGGUGGGCAAGUUGAAAGGGACAUCGAGCAGGCCAUUACUGCUCUGAAGAAAGGGGCUUAUCUUCUCAAAUAUGGAAGAAGAGGGAAGCCUAAGUUUUGUCCCUUCAGGUUGGCUAAUGAUGAGUCUAUUCUGAUAUGGUUUUCUGGGAAAGAGGAAAAACACCUUCGACUAAGUCAUGUCACCAGAAUUGUAUCAGGGCAGCGAACUCCAAUUUUUCAAAGGUAUCCACGUCCCGAGAAGGAAUACCAAUCGUUUUCGCUAAUAUACAAUGAUAGAUCUCUGGAUUUGAUAUGUAAAGACAAGGAUGAAGCUGAGGUAUGGUUUAGUGGGCUUAAAGCAUUAAUAUCACGUGGGCAUCAGAGAAAUUGGAGAACAGAAUCAAGGAGUGAUGAAAUCCCAUCUGAAGCUAAUAGUCCCAGGACAUACACACAAAGAAGCUCCCCUUUACAUUCUCCUUUCGGUAGUGGAAAUAGCUCACAGAAGGAAACCAUUGAUCAACUUAGUCUUCAUAGUCCAUUCGGAAGCCCUCCAAAGACAUUAUCUUUCCCAGAUAUGGCUCCAUACAAGGUCCCACUCCCACCCAAAGGCUUCUUCCCUCCCGUUUCCAACGGGUCCUUCCAUUCACCAUCAUCCGGUGGGUCCGACACCAUGCACACUCAUUUCACCGAAUGGGUGUAG